AAGAGGCUUGACGCACAGCAACACUGAUCUUCUUUGGUGAUAAUUUGUCUUCUAACAACACGACAUGUUGCUGCUCAGGACUUUCGCUCCCUGGCUAAUGUUGGCCUUCCUCGGGCAGCGGGUCUAUCUGUCCUCCGGUGCGCGCAAUAAGACCCGUGGAGCGGACAAGAAUGUGGUCCAAGCCCCCGGCAGAGCGCAGAGGAGCGGGAACAAGGGUGCAGUCACCGGCCGGGGGAAGUUCUCGAUCAAGGACAAGAUGCAGUGCACGUGGGGGGCGAGAGACGUCGGGGACACGGUGAGGCUGACGGUCAAAUGUGAGAACCCGGAGGCGCGCGUCAAAGGUGGGAUUACCGACCUGCAGUGUGCAUACAACGCCAAACCUCAGAGCUGCCCGAGCUACCAGUCCGACCCCAAGGGCUUCUGGAAACAGGUGGCCCGCGCGCUCAAAAGGCUGCAAGGCAAGGUGUGCAAGGACGAGCGCGCGCUGGUGAAGGCUGGCACGUGUAAGCGCGCGCCCCGGGAUGCGCACUUCAAGCUGGACUUGGCCAGCUCCGUGAUCUCCGCUCAGUCCGGAGAUCCGGAGACCCCCCCGCCGCUGCCGCCCCGCUCCACCACUGCGGGACCGACAGCAUGCACCAGGCGCGCGGACCACCGGAAAGCGGCUGAAGAGUACUGCAACAGCUCGUGGGCCAGUGUGUGCUCCUUCUUUUUCUCCAUGCUGCAAAGUGACGACUGUUAGCUGCGGAUCCCACGAUGGGGACCUGGACUUCAGUCACCACAUGUGUUUUUAUUUAUCAGGCCUUUUAUUCUCAUUAAAUGUUUUAAUUUAUCACCAGUUGUGGGAAGGUCAGUUACUCAGGUACCGUCAGGACACCUUUGAGGUACUUAGUAUUUCAGUGUUUACUUCUACUCAGCUGCAUUUCAAAGGUAAAUAUUGUACAUUUUCCUCCACUACAAGUAUCUGACAGCUGUCACAUAAAGGUAGUUUCUUUUCAGAUAUUCUAAAAUAUGUGAUGAGAUUGUAAAAUAUGAUGCGUUUUUACAGAUUAAACUACCCUACAGUAUAAAAAGUAGGGGACACUAGCUCCACACAUUAAAAUUCUAUCCACAGAUUAAUGCAAUAGGAAUAACAACAUAGAGUAUAAUAACAUAACUGUCCAGAAGUGACCAUUCCACACUACAAAUACUUUUACUUUUGAUACUUGACAGUUUGCUGUGAUUUUACCUCAGUAAAUUUUCCUUUUAACAUCUUUUUAAAAAUGUCAAGAUGUGAUAAAACAGUCCACAAUCCUCUGGAUUUGGACUAAUCAGUGAUCAGCUUUGAGCUGACACAGUGUCUGGCGUGUAAACAGUGAACUUGAGUUUUUAUUUGUUAUUUGUGAGGAACCCGAAAACUUCUUCCACCACUGUUUUUCACACACAACUUAAAGUUGAUGAUUAUAGUUGAGCGGUACGUUCUUCUACCUCUGGUUGACUUUAUCAAUCAGCCACUAAUAUCAUAUAAACACCACUGUAUUUAUGCACCACAAAUAAAUAUUUUCUAUUUAUACAAUGUGGUCUGUUGCCUUGAACAAUAUGAAGCAUGUGACUUUUAAUAGGGAGCAGCAGAUGGUUGUAUGAUCACUCCUUUAAGUGAAGAACUUUGUCUGUAUGGCCACAUGCUACAGUACAUCUGGAUUGUAAUU